AUGGCGCCACAGCUUGACUUAGCCACUACACAACCGCAAUUCGCUAAUCCUUGGGAGACCUCUCCGUCAAAAGCGUCCGACGAGUCUAGCCCUAGCUUCGAUGGUCGCAUUGCGCACACAUUGGCGGCUUGUACUAGAUGCAGACAGCGCAAGACCAAAUGCGAUCCCGGAAUCCCAAAAUGCGGCCCAUGCGAUCGCACCAAUGCCCAAUGCGUAUAUUAUGAUUCUGCUCGGAGGCGCACAAUACCGAGGACGUACAUUGUCCAGUUGCGCGAAACGGCGCGCAGGCUGGAAAAGGAGCUGGAGGAGGAGGAAAAGGAUGUCCAACAGGCCGCAGAUGCUGAACUGAUUAUUCGUGGAGCUGGUCGCAUUCGGUUCAGAGAACACGAUGAGGCCAGGUUUCUAGGGUCGUCAAGUGGUAUUGCGAUUACCCGCUUGGUUAUGGAACUGGCAAAGCAAAACACACAGUCGAAAAGCAUCAAAGAUGUGGUGCCCGAGUCUAUCGCGCAAAAGAUAAAGGAUGUGUUCAACGAUGAAAGCGGGAAGCCUACUUCCAAAGUCAAACCAAUGAUCAGCCUAAUAGCUCAACCAAAUCUGCCGAUGAAGCAUCUGACAUACAGACUCAUCGAUGUCUUUACUGUCAAAGCGCAAGCAAUGCUUCCGACGUUGCAUAUUCCCACUUUCUACCAGGAGGUUGAGGAAGUGUUCAAUGGCUCCAAUGAUCCUUGCCAAAACUUUCAGUUACGCAUGGUGAUUGCCAUUAGUAUGCAAAAAAUGAGCACUGAAUAUGCAGGCCUAGCGGACAGCUACUACCUCGCCGCGUUACCGUUUCUCGAAGCCUCCUUGCGAAGAAUGGACCUCAAGUCGUUGCAGUGUCUGGUUUUGAUAGCCCAAUACUCUCUAUUGACCCCCACGCGAACGGCCGCGUACUGGGUCGUUGGUAUGGCUGUCAAGCUGUGCCAGGAUCUCGGGCUCACGGAAGAAGCGACAAUAACGCAGUCGCGCACUGGGAAACAGCUGGAUCCGCUAGAAGUGGACAUGCGGAGGAGAUUGUUCUGGAUCGUGACUUCCAUGGAGUUCGGGCUGUCACAUAGUUUGGGACGGCCAAGCUGUUACUCUGUGAGCCAUGACCAUAUCCACGUCAAAUUCUUCGAACAAGUGGACGAUAAAUACAUUACUCGGGAGGGGAUACAUCCGGAUGCCAAACCAAUCCUGCCCAAGUGUAUCGCAAUACACUUUUUCAAGAUGCGUCUUUUGCAGCUUGAAAUUCGGCGAACCCUCUACCUAAAUAAACGGGACACUCCUGUUGACGACCAUGAUCCGUGGUUUUCGCAGAUGCUCAGCAAACUUAAUCAGUGGGUAGAAUCCUGCCCUACCCAUGACGGAGGUAGUGGCUUAAGCGGAAAAUGGUUCAAUGGCCGGCUGCAUACCAUGAUCAUUUUCAUGUAUCGACCAUCGCCACAGAUCCCUGAACCUUCUGUUUACGCGGCGCAGCAAUGUUACGAGUCUGCGGUUUCUAACAUCUUCAUGCACUUGGACCAAAUCAACACAGGGUCAGUUGACCUCACUUGGAUAUUCACCCAGUCGCUUUUCAUGGCGUUGAACACUCUUCUUUGGACACUUUCGUAUCCUGAGAUUAGAAGGGAACAUCCGUUGAAAGAGGUUGAAAAAAACCUUGAAGUUGCAUUAGAGGGCAUCUUGAAGGCUUCAGACAGAUGGCCCGGGGUAAGAUCUGCCGGGAUGCUCUAUGAGACAUUGAUCGCCGCUUGCCUUAGGGCAUAUAAUACCGAAGAGUCAUUUGUCGUCCAUUCACCUUCGAACCCGUCUAGCCAUGCGACACCGGCGUCCUCUCAAGAUGUGCAAUCCCCGCCAUCUAUGGCAAGCCCUGCAAGCACCGCAGCCUCAACACACUCACAUAAUAUCCUAGCCGGCGGUUCUUCAGUAGCAGACACGACAUCGGCUGGUACCUUCUCGAGGGGCCCGUCAGCUGACCCUUCCUUCCCUUUUCCGCAAAUGAACACUUCGGUAUCUAUCCCUACCGACUCUGUGAAGGCCCUACAACCGCCUCCUUGGGACCCUACUGUCCCACCAGAAGCUACAACCGAGGCGCAAUCCUCUGUGGGCUACGAUGCGCCCGAUACCUCGCUACUACCCAGCUCCGACCUGAACUUUGAUCCAACCACGCCUUUCAAUUCAUUUCCGUCCGUUGUUCCUGGCCUACCGGGCUGGGAUCCCAACUUCUCCUUAUCUUCUAUAACCACAGCUGAUCCGAUGCCGUUUUCGAGCGCAACCGCUGACCCAAUGAACUGGGCCGAUGCUUUCGGCGAUCAAUACUCUCACUAUUUCAACGGCGACUACCCAACGAAUUCAUGGAGAGGAAGAACUUUAAGUCAGCAAGAACAGCUGGAAUUGAUGGAUUCGCUGGCCGACCACAUUCCAGAUGUUACUACUCAGCUGGCGAUGCAGACGGCGACAGCGCAUUAUCAGUCCUGA